CCAUUUUUUGUGCCUCAGUUGGAGUAAAUGCCCAGCUGCCGCCGCCGUGGCCUCUGACAGCUGCUCUGUCUUUCACAAAUCCUUGCCCAGUUCUCUACGAAUUUCUACUUGUCGAUUGAAUCUCUGUUCCAUAUAUUGCGGCCACCGCGCCCGUGCCUCUCCUUUCACCCCCCAUACGUUAAAUUUCACAAAUUGUACAUGCUCAAAUGUCUGUUCACGGGCACAAACAUACAUUUUCCGUGACCCAAAACCACAAAGCUCAGUUAGCUAACGCCUAUAACGAACUCGGGAAGGAGCUGUCGUCCCAAAGAAUCAGGAUUAUCGGAAAUUACACCUUAGGAAAGGUCAUCGGCGAAGGAGCCUACGGCAAGGUGCGCAUAGGGACCCAUCGCCUCACGUCCAACCGUGUUGCCAUAAAGCAAAUUCCGAAAGCUAUGUCCGCUUCCCUCACCCGCGAAAUUCAUCACCACCGCCAGUUACAUCAUCCACAUGUCACCCAAAUGUACGAAGUCAUCGCCACGGAAUCAUAUAUCUGGAUCGUUACUGAGCUUUGCUGUGGUGGAGAACUGUUUGACUAUCUUGCAGAGAAGGGCAGGUUGUCCGAGGACGAGGCCAGAAUUAUUUUCGGACAGCUUUGUCUCGCUGUAGCGUACCUUCACGACAAGGGUAUCGUCCAUCGAGACCUCAAGUUGGAGAACGUGCUCUUGGAUGAGAGAUGUCGUGUUAAACUCGGCGAUUUUGGAUUCACACGCGAGUACGAGAGGGGUGUAUAUAUGGAGACUUUCUGCGAAAUGUUAAAAGGAACACGGUACCUUGGCCCAGAAGUCGACGUGUGGUCAAUGGGCGUCAUCCUAUAUUGCCUCUUGACAGGAACUCUACCAUUCGAUGACGACGACGAGGCUGUCAUGAAGGAAAAAGUCAUUCGGGGGAAGUCAACAGACGCCCGUGAUCUCAUCGGUAACAUCUUGCAGAUGGACCCUUCCAAGCGACUUACUAUCCCUCAAAUACUUUCUUCACCGUGGUUUACGACUAAGGACGAAACAGCGUCCAAAGAAGAGCCCGUGACGCCAUCUGUGUCCGACACACCUUCCUUAACAGUGCGACCGACCACUAUAUCAGAGUGCCAAGAUAUUGGCCUUCCUUCAGCUUCUUCGGCAACCUCGAUGGUGUCGGACGCUACUUUCGUUUCAGCCACUUCCAAUAUCUCGCAGCCCUUAACUUCUGACAGUGCCCUCGAAGAUCCAUUCCUCUCAAAUGACGGACCUUCUGUGCAAAUUCAUCCCAAUCCCAGUCAAAGUACUCUUACAAAAGGUGAUCGUGUCACCAGAAACGGAUCGGCGUGGCAGCCUGGAACCACCAUUGAAGAAGAAGACUCUGCGCCGUCAAUGCGAACCAAGCGUCGUUCCGUGUCAUCUGGCCUCUCUGAAAAUGGGGCUCAGUUUGACUCUCCUAUUCCACUGUACCCACCGCAAGAUUUUGCCUCGCUUCUGAACACGCCCACUCCGAUCAUUUUUUCUACCCCUGCUGAGAGAGAACUCCUCAACGCUUUGAGUGCCCUUGACGCUUGCGACGCAGCUGGUGCCAUUUGGUGGAUGCUUAUGCGCAAACACGAGAAACGCAUCGUCGAUGAAGUACGUGCCUCUUCCACGGAAGGCCCGGCCCCUCAGUCUGAGCACCAUCCAAGUUCGCGGAGACGCGUCAAACGUGAUGUUUCUGUUCAGACGGAUGAAUCGGGGCGGCUCGCUCCUGAGUUUGCAGUCGUACCUCCGACACCCACGGCCAAUGCCAUACCAAGACCUUGCACGCCUCCACGUGCGAAGUCGCCUUUUUUGUCGCCAUCACCAACUACGGCGGAAUCUUCAGGUCGCGGAAGCACAAGAGGUACAGAGGGGAAGGACAAAGAUCCCCUGAAGCAAAAGAGAGAUGGGAAAGUCCGAUCUGGGAGUAUCAGUAUUAUGCAGCGUGCGACAACUGCACUUGGUGCUGCCGGCCUCGUGAGGAAGAAGUCAGCCGAUGGAGUCAGGGAGGAGCGGGAAAAGACGAAAGACCACGAGAAGAAAAUCUCAGGCGACGAUCCUCGCUCCUCGCAUGGCAGCAGCGGGUCUGCGAAGUUAACAAAGUCGCCGCCGGUGAGAGCGAGGGAAGGUCCUGCAGUACCCACCUCCCAGACAUUGGAAUCGUCGGCCAUUCCUGGUUCACCUUGGGUUGUAGCGGGUGGUCGAACUUCUCCAAUGCAAGGCCAGACGCCGACCCCUGCGGCUUCGCCGGGCGACACGUUGACGUCACUACCGAACUUCAAUGAGGAUGGCUCGCGCAUAGGGGCCCAUCGUAGCCGUGCGAGUAUCUUGUCGACCCUACGCCUUUGGUUCAACGAGGAUAGGAAGGGCAAACGCAAGGAGCCUGCGCAGCUUCCUCAGAGUACUAGUCGUGAACUAAACUAUUCUCGUACUGUGGUCGGUCCGCCACCUGCUUCCGUGGCUAAGACACCCAAAGUUCCCGUUAAAAGGCGGACGAGUGACUCUGGGCGUGGUCGUCGCGUCAAACGCGCAUCCGUUUCCUCUCGCCGUUCAAGUAGUGUGAACUCUCGAAGGUCGUCGGUCAACUCUACACAGGUGUUCGUGCUCGACCAAUCACAUCUGGAGCAAAUACCGUCUGUGAGGUCCUUCGGCGGUGACACGCCCAACUCGGAGAGAGGUGAUCCCUCGUCGCGGCCUUCGUCAAUACAGAGCUUCUCUCACAAGGGCAAGCAUCGCAAGUCACCAUCUACAGGGUCGAAUGGAUCUACCUAUUUUCGCGCCUCUUCCCCAUUACCGAAAUAUCAUCAUCGUCGGCAUGGGUCGUCAUCGUCGACGAGGGUGGUGCGGCAGGUUCCAACUACUCCAGUCAGCACCUCCCGUCCCCAACAUAAUCGUACCAACUCGGCUGCAUCAUCAGCCCAUUCGCUUACGUCAUCUCGACCCGCUUCAUUCUAUGAGGUGUCAGAAGGUGAGGGUACACCAUUCAGGGGUUAUCCUUCUCGGAAGUCGGACGACAGCACUCCAAGACGUGGUGCUGGCACAUUCAUAGCACAGAAGCGAUUGACACCAUUUACGAGCCCGCAUGGUUCUGGUACUAUUGGACGUACAUCGUGGAAAAAGAGCUGGGGUAACGAACCACCUGGUUGGCAAAGUCGGAGUACGCAUCUACCUGUUGAAGUGCUUGUUAUCUCUCCCGCCCCAGACAUCCGAGACGUAUUUAGUGCUGGCGGACGGCCGAGCCUGAGUUUGGGAGACGAAAGUGAUUGGGUAGAUGAGGACGAGGACGUCCCGGAGUUUGCAGGGGUUCCGUCGAGCGCAAAAACAAAUCCCACUCCGCUCGUUUUGUCAUCUCCACGAAGCCAUCAUUCUCGUGGUCGGACAACAAAGACUCGCACGGGCGGUGUUGGUAGAGGGGGUCGUGCCAAGGGUGGUCAAUCCCCGGUCGGGAGGGUUUCACCUGCCCCUCCGAGCGAAUUGACAUAUGAAGCACCAGAGACAAGGGGAGGAAGAUGGCAACUUCCGGGUGUGCGAGGACCCGCUUUCAGACAUGCCAUACAAGAGGAGGAUGAAGAGGAGGAGGAGUAAGGUGAGCCAUGUAGACGUGUUCCAUUAGUUCCGGUCGGACUUGUUUGGUGGUGUCUCUCCCCUUCCCUUCCAUAUCUUGGUUACGUUGCUCUCCAUUCUGCUUUGUUUAAUGCUCCUGACGGGAAUGAACUCCACGCUGCGACUCUCAAAGUUACCUGCGUCAUUUUUUCAUAAUGAACUAUCCUCGUUUUGGCGUUCCAACCUUUGCCAUACAUAUCUUGAUGGAUUACGAACAUAUUAUUAUUGAUACCCGUCUGUUACUACACAGCUACUAUUCCGUUUUCCGCCAGGUCGCGUGCCUCUUUCCUUCUAAUCUUUUUUUUUGUCUUGUUUGUCGGUAUGUUUUACUUUCAUGUUUCAUGUGAACCCUAUGAGGAUGCUCUGGUUAUUUAUGAAGGUAGAAUAGUUAUGCAAUGUGCUUAGAUAAUACAUUGUCGCGGUGUGACAUGUCG